UUACUCCACGAGAUGACAAUCCUUUUUUAUUAUCAAACGAAAAUAUAUCCGAUAAAUUUGAAAAAGUAACAGGAUCGGGAAAUUUAGAUGAGGAACGCAACGAAAAAAGUGUAGUUACUCCACGAAGAGAUGACAAUCCUUUUUUAUUAUCAAACGAAAAUAUAUCCGAUAAAUUUGAAAUAGUAACAAAAUCGGGAAAUUUAAAUAAGGAACACAACAAAAAAAAUAUAAUAAGUACUCUACCUCCCCUGCCACGAAGUGAUGAUGUUCAUACUCCAAACAAGCGACUAAUGUAUGAUGAGAAGGUUAUUUGCUAUCUUAAUGCAAUGGGACAGUCUUUGGAGUAUAACCGAAUUCACGUUCAAGCACCACCUAUGUGGACCAAAGAGUCGGGAGAAGCAUUCAAAGAAGCUAUCAUGCAAAAAAUUAAAGGAGAUAAUGAUAAUAAAUUCCGCCUAUAUUGCGAAAAGAUAUUGAUGGAUUUUUACAAUCUGGUAGAUGUUUUUCCAACUCUCUCAAGAAAAAUUGGGGAGAGGAAAUACAUUGUACAAAAUUUAUCUUCGCUUUUUAAAUUUUAUGAAACAACGUUCGGCAAUAUAACUAUUGACUGGAUUGAAUCUCACUCCCUAUCAGCGAAAUUGUCAAAAUCACCAACCAGUUCUGGAAUUGUUAAGUUGGAUGCGAAAGGAGUCCGAUCAUUUGACGAUAAAGAAAUAUGGCACAUGGAGGUUUCUGGACCACCAUCAUCACCAACAACAGAUCAUGCAGUUGCGCUUUUACUUGAUCACUUGGACGUUCCUUUAAAGACUGCUAUGAACAUAAAGGUGUUCAGUUUACAAGCCAUUGGAUAUCGAAUCACACUAUAUUCACUUAGCAUGAGAGAAGAUGGUUCUUUUUUAGCAACUGAACUAGCUUCCGCUGUGAUUCCUUUUUCAUUUGAGGGUAGAUCAAAAUACAAAGCAGUUCUUUACCUAAUGGUCCUUUUUCAUGACGAGUUUAUGAAACAACUUUCAAUAAUGCAAGAACUUGAUUUUACUAUUAACUAUGGUGGAAGAGAUACAGUUCGGAAUGUUCUAAAGAUCCCUAAAUCUCUACAGGAUCUUCUAAAGUGGAGGCAAUAUUACUAA